AUGGACACCCGUCACCCCCUAUUAGAGAGGUGCCCGGGCUCCACUGACACCCCUCCAAUAGGGGGGUGUCGGGUGUCCAUUAUAGACACCUUUAUGGCACCCCCAAUGUACAAGAAGAUAAUUCUUAUAGAUUUAUGUAGUUGUUUUCAAGUCCUUUACAAGAAGAAUAAUCCUUACAGAUUUUUGUGCACAACCUUGGUAUUAUUCCGGCCACCUGAGGUUAACUUGACCGUCGGAGUAUAUGCGGCCGCCACCACCACCUCCGGAGGGAUACGUGAAGUAGCUAUCGGUUGGUCACGUGGAGGGUCCAAUUUGCGAGGUCAACACAUAGUAAUUCUUUAUCGUAAAAAAAGUAGUAUGGAUAGCCAAAGCAGCCGGAUGAUCUGUGGCGCCAAUGAUCCCGCCGGUGGUCAUGCAGGCGAAUACACCCAGGCAAAGAUUAAGCGCUCUGAUUUCCCUUCAGAUUUUGUCUUUGGUUCUGGAACAUCUGCUUAUCAGUUAAUGUUCGCAAACAAAAUGCUAAACAUCAUCAUGCUCAUGCACUUGGGGUGGAUUCAUUUAAACGUCAUAAAGACAUACAAGGGCGGACCCAGACGUUUAGUUGAAGGUGCUUGGGCCACAGGUGAUAAAGGCUUGAGCAACUGGGAUGUCUUCACACUUAGAACACAUGGUAAAAUCAAUAAUGGAAGUAAGGGAUGUGUUGCUAUUGAUGAAUAUAAUCUGUGGAAGGAGGAUGUAGCUUUGUUAAAGAAAGUCGGAUUUGAUUCUUAUAGAUUUUCAAUUGCAUGGACUAAAAUACUACCAGGAGGAAGAUUAUCCACUGGCAUAAAUAGAGAAGGAAUUAAGUACUAUAAUGAUCUUAUAGACUUGCUCCUGGUUGAAGGCAUUGAGCCUUGUGUAACUAUCUUUCACUGGGAUAUUCCACAAUGUUUGGAAGACGAGUAUGGUGGAUUUCUAAGUCCUCGAAUAGUGAAAGAUUACUGUGAGUUUGCGGAGCUUUGCUUUUGGGAAUUUGGUGAUCGGGUGAAACAUUGGGUCACAUUGAAUGAGCCAUGGUCCUAUACUGUUCAAGGAUAUGUAAGCGGCACUUUUCCACGUGCUCGGGGUGGAACUUCAGUGGAGCCUGUAACAGCUAUCUCUCGUCAUAGAUAUGGGCAAGGAGCUCUAUCUAUUCCUGUCGAUGGAAAUCCAGGCACAGAACCAUAUAUUGUGGCACAUCAUAUGAUCCUUUCUCACGCAGCUGCAGUUGAUAUUUACAGACACAGAUAUCAGGCACACCAAGGAGGCAAGAUAGGAAUAACAAAUCUCUCAGAGUGGUUUGAGCCACUUACUGACACCACAGCAGAUAUUGAGGCUGCUUCAAGGGCCCUCAAUUUUAUGUUGGGAUGGUUUGUCGCACCUAUAGUAACAGGUGAUUAUCCACCAGUUAUGACGGAAAAUGUAGGCAUACGGCUUCCCUCAUUUAAGCCAGAUCAAGUUGAGUUGGUGAAAGGAUCCUAUGACUUUCUAGGCAUAAAUUAUUACACGGCUAGUUAUGCUAGCGUUGCACCUCGGACACCUGGUGCUAAUUACUCACUGCCUCAGUGGUUCGUAGGUGAUCGUAAUGGGAUGCCUAUUGGUCCACAGGCUGGUUCGAUAUGGCUGCACAUUGUUCCAGUUGGGAUUUACAGGCUGUUGAUUCAUAUAAAGAAAACAUAUAAUAAUCCUACCAUUUAUAUUACUGAGAAUGGAGUGGAUGAAGUAAACAAUACAGCCCUAACAGUUUCAGAAGCUCGUUUUGAUGAUACGAGGAUUAAAUAUCACCAAGACCAUCUCUUUUAUGUUAAGCAAGCAAUGGACGAAGGCGUAGAUGUGAAGGCUUACUAUAUAUGGGCAAUGUUCGACAAUUUUGAAUGGAUCUCAGGGUACAGUGUUAGAUUUGACAUUUUUUAUGUAGAUUUUGUGAAUGGAAGGUUCACAAGAAUCCCGAAAACCUCUGCGAUAUGGUUUAUGAAUUUCUUAGACAAGAAGCCUAAUUUGUUGAAGAUUCAAGCAGAAGAAAAUGAAGGAGAACAUACUUCUGUGAAAAGGCUACGAAGCUGCUAA